UCCGCCAUUCCCCGCUAAACUCUCUCAAUUUCAUUUCCCCCAAAAAAACAGAAAAAGAAAAAACCGCCCCAACCGAUCAGUCACAGAGAGAAGAGAACCCUAGGAAGAUAAAUGGCGUCGUCCUCUUCUUCGUCGUCUUCAAAAGCUGGAGAAUCGUACAUAGGAAGCCUAAUUAGCAUCACUUCUAAGUACGAGAUUCGCUACGAAGGUGUUCUUUAUCACAUCAAUCCACAAGACGCCACCAUUGGCCUAAAAAACGUGAGGUCUUACGGAACAGAGGGUCGUAAGAAGGAUGGACCACAAAUUGCCCCUAGUGAUAAGGUGUAUGAAUAUAUUCUAUUUCGUGGAAGUGAUAUUAAGGAUUUGCAAGUGCAGUCCCCACCUCCUGACCAAACAGAGGAACAGAUUUACAAUGACCCUGCUAUCAUCCAGAACCAUUCUGCUUUAAGUUCUUCAACUGCAGCUGGUGUUCAGGCACAACAUACGCCUGCUUUGACGACCAGAGCCUAUUCUGGUGCAUUGCCUUUGUUUCAGCCUGUAAAUCAUGUUGGCUUAACAAAUCUUUCCCAGGCUACUCAAAAUGCUGGUCCAUCUCUUUCCAUUCCAAAGCAUUCACAAGGAUACCAUGGAAUAUCUUCCCAGCAGUCUAUGGUUUCAUCUCCCUUAAUAGUUCAGAAUCAUAUGCAGGCUCUUGGAUUGCAGGAACCUCCAGUUAUGGGAUUGAAAAGUCCUUCAGAAUGUAUUACUCCUGAAUCAACUGUUGCAACUAAUCCAUUUAAUCCAAUCUUUUCAUCUUCCCUUUCACCGGUACAGUAUGCGACUUCUCCUGACACAUCAUCCUUCUUAUCUCUGAAGACACCUGUUCCAUCUCAUGCUGCAUCUCUUCCUGCUAAUAGAUUAACCAUGUCUUCGAUUCCCAUGACUUCGAUUCCCAUGUCUAGUCAAGACAUCAACACAACUGAAACUCUAGCUGUUGCGGACCCCAUGGCUAUGCGUCCUGCCCAAUCUUUGCCUUACCUCAUGCCAUCCUAUGUUGGUUCUACUUCUAGCUCUGUGUUAACACCACUUCCAUCUCUUUUAAGUCCUCAUCACUUCUUACAGUCUAGGCCACCCGUGCUUUCUUCCCCACAGAAGCUGUACCCUGACCAGAAAGAUGUAGCUGCUCUGACUCCUUUAUCAUCUACUUCUCCACCCUUGCUUUCUACUCCAGCAUCUCAACCACCAUUAUUACCUUUGCCAGGUUCUGUACAACAGCAUAAAUACUUGACCUCAAAAUUUACAGAAGAAUUCGAUUUUGAAGCCAUGAAUGAGAAGUUUAAAAAAGAUGAGGUUUGGGGUUAUCUUGGAAAGGCAAAGCAAAGAGAGAAAACUGAAGGCAUGGAGGAUAACACAACUGAUCAAAGCAUGGUGGACAAAGAGGCCCCUGUUGUGGUUCUUAAUCUCGAUCCUAAGCCUGCCUACAAGAAGGAUGAAUUCUUUGAUACAAUUUCUUGCAACAUCCGCAAUCAGCGGUGGAAUGGGCAGAACUGUUUCUCUGAGCGAAUGAAGCUGGAUACUGAGACUUUUGGCAACUUGCAUCUCAGACCUAAUUUGGGUUAUGGAGGCAUCGGUUCUGGACGUGGUGAUACCUAUCACACCUCACGUGGUCGGGGAAGGGGAUAUGGUUAUCGUGGGAGGGGGCGUGGGUACAUUGGAUUCUGAUGCCAUCUGAUCCCAUUAGUCUCCGGCUAUCCAUCUGCUUCUGUACAUUAAAUCUCUUUCCAAUGUUCUACAUCUACGAGUUAUGGUAAAGGAUAUGGGACCAUGGGGGACCUUUUUCUUAGAAUAUCCAGUUGAGUUGUCAACUAGGAACUGCAGGAAUGAACACUGAUGGCUAGUUCAUGCUUCUUUUUUUUUGCCAAUGAGCCAGCCUUUCACUUUUACUACCAUAAGGAACAUUGAUCUUAGAUGUUCGAAUUAGAUGUUUAGGAGCCUACUGUUCUUGUGCUUUCUUUUCUAAUUAGAUCAGUUGUGUUUGUCAAUGCUGACAGAUCCAUUUUACCCAUCAUCUUCAUUGUAAUCGCGGACAGGCUUUCCUGGUAUGAAGGCAGGCAUUAAAUCGUAAACCGUAUUCUGGUGA